AGAGACCUCUCCAGAGAUGGAAAGGGCUCAUUCUUCCACCAACAGGACAAACUUGGAAACUCAUCAUAAAAAUGGUUCCUGGGAUCUGAACGAAGGUCUGGCCAUGGUCCUAGGUGUGAGUUUGGAAGAGAUAUGGACUGCGCUCCCUACCAAGAGUUGCCUCAAGUCCACUUAGAAAAUGUUAAAAGGACCAGAAUAACCAGAGCGUCAUCUCUUGAUGGAGUUGGGGAUAUCGGACCUCCCAAAUCUGGAAAAAAAAAUGUAAUCUGAAGAGAACAUAAUCUAAGUAUAUUCAAUAAUAUUAUUUAACACAACAUAUUUGCAAAUAGUACCAGCAUUAAAGGAAGGCACUUAAAGAAGUAAGUUUAAGAUACAUAAAAGAAACAUUUUUCAUUAGGAUUUUUGUUUUUGCUCAAUAUUUUUACAGACAUUUCAUAAACUUUACUAUGAUACCAGGGUAUUUUUGUUUUUGAUGUUGUUAUAAUAAUUAUAAUUUUCAUUUUGUAGGUAAGGAGAGUAUAUCUAUGAAAAAUGUAUAAAUUAUUUUAACUAGCAUAACUAAUAAAUGGCGAAACCAGGAUUUAACUUGUGUUCUGAUUUCUAAUGCAAUUUCUUUUCCUGACAUUUUUCAGAGGGUAGUAAAAAGUGGGAAUUUGCUACUCAACGAUAUUGUGAGAGGUCAAAAUAUAAAUAUGCCUAAAGAAAAUAAAUCCAUAAAUUAAACAACUGUAAGACGUCUCUUAACAUGAGAAUGUUUUGAAUAUAUUUUUAAACUUCUGAUCUUGUCAUAGAGGACAACCAUCUGCCUCCACAAAACAUUUUUUCCAAGAGUUGAAUAGACUGUGGUUCUGAAAUAAGCAUUUCUUAUCACCUGAUAUUUUUAUAUAGAUUGUGCCUCUCAUAAGAAGGCUGGUUGUUACUUGUUAAAAACAGUCAAAGCACUCAUCAGCAAAAAGCUUGAUAAUUUGAUAUUGGUAUUCAGAUGUUUGUGUCUUGGGUCCCUUUUCAAGGUCCGACUUUCUCACAGCUAUGAGAAAUGUCUCAGUGGUGCCCGAGGUUAUCCUCCUGGGCAUCUCAUAUACAGAGGAUCUGGAGACCAUGCUCUUUGUCCUGUUUUUGUCCUUCUCCAUCUUCAUCUUUAUGGGAAACCUGCUCAUCCUACUGUCAAGUGUCUCCUCCACUCGACUUCAUACUCCCAUGUACUUCUUCCUGUGUAAACUGUCUAUGUGUGACAUAUUUUUCCCCUCUGUGAGUUCCCCCAAGAUGCUCUUCUACCUCUCAGGGAAUAGCUGAGCCAUUUCCUAUGCAGGCUGUGCAUCCCAGCUCUUUUUCUACCAUUUCCUGAGCUGUACUGAGUGUUUCCUGUACACAAUGAUGGCCUACGGCCGCUUUGUUGCCAUAUGUUACCCUCUAUGCUACACAAUAAUCAUGAGGCACAAAGUGUGUGCCAUUCUAGCCCUGGGAACCUCACUUUUUGGCCGUAUUCAGGCCACCUUUCUAACCACUCUCACCUUCCAGUUUCCCUACUGUGGCCCCAAGGAAGUGGACUAUUUUCCAGAGAUGCUGAAGCUGGCUUGUGCAGAUACGUCCACCCUGGAGACGGUGGGGUUCAUCGGUGUGGGCCUCAUGCCCCUCAGCUGCUUCCUUCUCAUCCUCACCUCCUACAGUUGCAUUGUCUACUCCAUCCUGCAGAUUCUCUCUGCAGAAGGCCGACAUCGUGCCUUCUCCACCUGCAGUGCCCACCUCACUGCUAUUCUACUUUUCUACAUGCCAGUGGUCCUCAUCUACCAAAGACCCACCUCAAGUCCCUGGCUGGAUGCCACUGUUCAGGUCCUGAAUAACCUGGUCACUCCCAUGCUGAACCCCUUGAACUACAGCCUCAGGAAUAAGGAGGUAAAAUCAUCCCUGAGGAAAGUCUUAUAUCAACUGGGCUUCCUUUCUGAAGAGUUGAAGAGAGAGAAGAGCAACUAA